UAGUGGUGGUCUGAUGAUGUUAUCAUAAUAUUGCAGUCCGGCAACUCACAUACUCAAAAAAUAUACCACUAGUUAGUAGCUGUCAGCCUACUGCGGUAAAGGAAGUGACUUAUAAUUUUGGAAAACCAAUACAAUUAUUAAUAAUAAUUUUAAAAUACAUCAGACUUGGAAAUUUUUAACUUUUACAAAGGUAUAGGCACUGGUCUGAAUAUACAAGACUUGCUGAUUGUGAGACAUAUAAUUGAUUUUUUCCUUCAAAAUGUCAACGCUAUCUCGUGAGGCGAGCACCGCCUUAGCAAUAGGCUCUGCGGUGGCUUUAGCCCUGGCAGCUAAUUGGUAUCACCAACGGAGCAAAAAAAAUCAACCACCUUCAAAGUGGAGACAGGUCGGAAAACUUUCUUCAUUAUGGUGCUAUCCCAUAAAAUCGUGUGGAGUCAUCGAGCUCAAGGACGCUUUUUGCGCCACUCUUGGAGUGAAAAAUGGUCUUAUUCGAGACAGAGUCUUUAUGGUGACAGGAGAGGAUCUUGACUUUAAAACUGCAAGGACGUAUCCCAAAAUUACAUUGGUGAAGCCAAAAAUUGACGGGGUUGUCGUCACUUUGAGUGCCCCCGAGAUGCCUAACAUAAGUUUUUCCAUUGCAUCUUUAGACCAGAAAAAAAUGACAGCCAGUGUUUGGGGUCUGAAAGUUCAAGUUCAUGAUUGCGGAGAUGAAGUUGCCAAGUGGUUUUCGCAAUAUUUGUUGAAAACAGACUCUGGCUGCAGGCUUGUUUAUUACCCCUUUGAGGAAUCCACUAAAAAUAUUCGACCAAAGCAUAAACCUUUCAGAAAUGCCAAGCCUAAGGAUUCGGGCGGACUUACCGACUUCAACUCAUACAUGAUUAUUAAUCAAACAUCAAUUGAUGACUUAAAUAAUCGGCUUCCUGACGGAACAGCAAAAUGUACUUCCCUACACUUCAGGCCAAAUUUUGUAGUACAAGGGGACGCAAAAGCUUAUGAAGAAGAUGACUGGAAGUGGAUUAAAAUCGGGGAGACAAUUUUUGAAGUGACUAAACCUUGUGACAGGUGUCUAUUUACCAUCAUUGAUCCUCUAACCGGUGAAAGAGAUCCUGACAUGGAGCCUCUUAAAACUUUAAAAACCUAUCGGCAAGUGACUGAUCCAGCUAAAAGGCCUAAUCACGGAGAAUCGCCAAUCUUGGGUCAACACAUCGCUGUUUACAAGGAAGGCCCUGUUUGCAUUGGAGAUUCUGUAUAUGUCCAAGCCUAAAUAUCCUAAAUAUAGCGGAGCUGCGUCUAAAUUGUUCUCUCGUAGAAUUGCUUUUUUAGCAGAGACAAUAAAAUAAAAUAAAUUGAUAAAUUAAAAUUAUACA